AUCAAGCACCUAGGCAUGCAGACUGCUUCUACACACAUUUGUGAUAGAAUGGGUCGCUCUCAGGAGCUCGGUGAAUUCAACCGUGAUACCAUGAUAGGUUGCCACCUGUGCAAAUCCAUAUGUGAAAUUUCCUUGCUACUAAAUAUUCCACAAUCAACUGUUAGUAGUAUUAUAAAAAGUGGAAGCAACUGGGAACAACAGCAACUCAGCCAUGAAGUGGUAGGCCAUGUAAAUUGAAGCACACAGUGCGCAGAAGUCCCUAACUGUCUGCAGAGUCAACAGCUAAAGACCUCCAUACUGCGUGUGGCCUUCAGAUUAACACAACAACAGUGCAUAGGGAACUUCAUGGAAUGGGUUUCCAUAGCUGAGCAGCUGCAUCUAAGUCUUACAUCACCAAGUGCAAUUCACGGAUGCAGUGGUGUAAAGCAUGCCACCACUGGACUCUAGAGCAUGACAUGUUCUCUGGAGAGUACUUGCCUGACUGCAUUGUGCCAAGUGUAAACUUU